AUGCCCCGAGAAGCAGAGCCGUCAUUAAGCGAGCGGACUUUUACCCUCCAGGCUAUCAGCGAAGGGUUGAGAUUAGACGGCCGAAAACUCGACCAAUUUAGAUCUUUGGAACUCAGCUUUGGUGAUGACUAUGGCGUGGCAGAUGUGAAGCUGGGGAAGACAAGGCAGGUCCAAUUCAUAUUCGACAUACCUUACACUGCUACAGUACUGGCCAAAGCAUCAGCGGAAGUCACAGUGCCGUUCCCUGAUCGGCCCUUUGAUGGCAUCUUUCAAAUCACUUCAGAGCUCGGCCCCAUGGUGGCCCCUUCGUUUGAAGUCAACCGUCCCACUGAAACCGAAGUCUUGCUCGCCAGACUCCUUGAAAAGACCGUCCGGAGAUCGGGAGCCCUGGAUACGGAGUCGCUCUGCCUCGUCGCCGGGCAAAAGUGCUGGUCCGUCAGAAUCGAUCUUCACGUUUUAUCCGCCGACGGCAGCCUCAUCGACAGCUCAUGCUUCGCCGUCGUGGCCGCGCUGAGGCACUUCCGAAAGCCCGAUACCAGCAUGGAAGGCGAGACGCUCACCAUCUACACACCUGCGGAGCGUGAGCCCGUGCCGCUGAGCUGGCUGCAUUCUCCAUUCUGCACGACGUUUGAUUUCUUUGGCGAGGACGGCGAGAUAGUAUUGGUGGACACUACAUGGCUGGAGGAACAGCUGCGGGUGGGCAGCUGCACGUUCAGUCUCAACAAGCACGGCGAGAUAUGUCAGAUUUCAAAGCUCGGAGGCAAGCCUAUAGAGGCUACGCUGAUCAUACAGUGUGCUCAGAUGGCCCUGGCAAAAGCAAAAGAGUUUACGGACUUGGUGGACAGGAAACUGGCGGAGGAUGCCAAGAGGAGAGACAAGGGUGGCCUGAUGGCUGAGCUAUCUGCGGAAAAUGAGAGAUGA